AUGGACACAUUACACAUGCAGCAGACGUGAUCACGCGAUAUUGCUAUACUUCGCCAUUUGCCGACUCGCGUUAGAGAUGAGAUCGAUAUAUGUUUAAUGAUAUAAAUAAUUUAUUUAUUUGUAUUCGGUGAUAUAUAUAUAUAUAUAUAUAUAUAUAUAUAUAUAUAAUACCUUGUUUAAGAGCGGAUAAUGGCUCAGUGUUUCACAUGUUAAGUGAGAGUGAUGUUUUAAAAAAUAAUUAUUUUAAAAAAAGACAUGAAGUAUGCAUGCUUGCAUUAAAUUUGUACAUGAUAAUAACAAGUAUCAUUGUGUGCUGGUAUCACAUAUAUUCUACAAAAAAAAUGAUGUACAAUAUAUCACACCUUUACACUUACUAGAUUAUGAUAGUACACAUAAGUAUUAUAUUUUACAUGAGAAAAACCAAAGAUAUCCAGGAUAUAUUGUAUGUCUCGGAGAGUCGUUAGAAGAAGUCCAAAGAAAGGCUUUAGAUAAACCAAAGAGGUUAAUAUUUCCAAAAAAGUUUACUUCGAGCGAGGAUGAAAAGAAAAUUGAAGGCGAUGAUAGUAGAAACCCCGAAACCAAUCCUAUUAAACUCAAAGUAUCUAAGAAAAUGGCACAGAAAGAGAAUUCAGUGCGCGUUAUAGAAAAAUUUAAGAGUCAAUUUUUGAUCAGAAAUCGCACAAAUUUAACUCUUGCUAAUGACAGAGUUAAUGAAAAUAUUGGUAGUAAUAACAGAGAUUUAACUCGUACAAAUUACAAUAGCAACUUAAGAUUAAAUGAUGACAGUCAUGAUAGAGAAACAACUCUUAUAAAUUCUACAGAUAAUCAAAUUAAUGAAAACUAUAACAGUAAGCUGCUAAGAGCAAACGUGGUAAUUCACUUGGUGGAUUGCGUAAAAUCCUCUCCACACGUAACCAAAGAAAUCACUAAAGUAAGCAACAGAAAGGCAAGAAAAAGUUGUUCUAAUUCCAUCUCUCCGACGCAAUUAGAAAGGCAUAAAAAUGUUUCAAACCCUGGCUAUCGUAAGGACAUAAUACCACCCAAUGAGGAACCUCCAUAUGAAACGCAUCCAAAUACUGCUUCCACUAGCAUACAAGAACCAAUGGAUAGCCCAAGACUGUCACCUCCAUUUGGUAUGCUUCCUGAUCUUUCCACAAACCAAAAAGUACCAGUCAACCAUACUCUACAAUCAGCAUCUCCACCUCCAAUGCUUUCUGAUGUUGCUUCCACGAGCAAAGAAGUAUCGGAACAUAGUCCAGCAUCAACACCUCCAUCUGUUCCAGAAAAUUUAUUCCCACUUGCCGGACAAACAUUUUCGAGGUCACUGUCACCCGCAUCAAAUACAAAUCUAACAUCGUCUUCAUCUUCACUACAUUUACAGCAAUUUCGUGACAGAUUCAAACGCUUAAGAGAAGCAACACCAGCGAUUGAACCAUCACAAUGUGCAACACCUCGAUCCUCAAGAAGAAGCCCACAAACACGUAAUGGAUCAGAGAGACAGACAUUAUGUUCAGAAAAUCAAGAACAUAACCUCACAGAUCCGAGAUCACCUUCAGUACAAUCAUCUAUUAGAGAAACACACAGCAUAUUAUCUGACAAUGGAGCUGCUAAUAUACCAUGCCAUUAUUUAUACACAUACAAAAAACAACUAUAUAAGAACUACAAAAAAAGAAAAAUUGAUAUGCGUCAGCAACAUGAAGAGGUGUUAAAAAGAUAUGAAGAGAUGGACGGUGAAAUGGUAUACCUAGGUGAAGGAAUCCAAGUUGGAAUUAAGUCGUGGCGCAUAUCUAAAAGAAAGAAAUACACCUGUUUCUUACGGGAUAUAGGAGGCUAUUUAUGGAAGAAGCAUCAGCUCCCAACGCGAUGCCUUGAUUUGUCCAAAACCAAAAAGGUGUUGCCUGAAGGAUAUCAGUACAAACUUUGCUCACCUCGGAAAGUGGAUUUAUAUUUGAGUUUGUAUGAUGAUUACCUGAAAGAGAACAGGAAGUAUAAAAACAUGUCCGACGACGAAAGGGACAUAAUGAUCAAAAACUCAACGGAAGUUCUUACUAGCUUGAUAAGGGAUGAAAGGGAUGCGUUCAUUAAAAAAAACAUUUUAUAAAGUGAAAAUAAAAUGUGAUAAACUUAAAA